AUGGUUUAUUACGUUGGUCACAUCAAACUGGUGGGUGAGCAGGCUCUGACUGCCGGUCUUGUGCUUGAUGAAGUCGAGAUAUCUUCCUCACGGCGUCUUAUGGUUCAUGUCCAGACACAUGAUGGUCCUGUGAUGAAGCUAUACCUAUGGGACAAGGCUGCUACAGACUUCUGUGAGAAGUUUAAAGCGCAUGGAAACACUCCGAGUGUUAUUCUGGUGACUACUGUAAACCCGAAACGGUUUGGAGGCGCUCUAACUCUCUCCUCCCUAUCAUCCUCCCGUGUGUUUCUCGACUUGGACGUUCAACCAACCAGAGAUUACCUGACUUGGUUGGACUCAAACACAGAUGUUGCCAACAAGGUUAAUCCCGACAUUGUGACCAAGGCAGAGACGGUUACAAUAGGGGAUCUGUUCUCUUACAUCAAGCUUGAAGGAUCAAAGGUUGCUUGGUUUGAGUGCACAGCCACCAUUGAUGAUGUUGUGCAUGAUUUUGCAUGGUAUUAUAUUUCAUGCGGUGGGUGCAAGACGAAGGCGACAAAGGGGCAUACUACGCUCAUGUGUAAAAAAUGUGGGAAAGCUGAAGUUACCGGUGUUCCAGAGUAUCUUACGAAGCUCUCUGUCUAUGACAAAAAUGACCAUGGGUUUUUUGUGCUUCUCGGUGACGCUGGGCGUGAGUUGACUGGGAAGCCAGCAUCAGAAUUGGUUGAGAGAUAUUUUGAGGCCAAUGAAAGCGUAGGAGAUGAUCACAUGGUCCCGGUGCCACUGGCUCUAAUUGAUACCAUUGGGCAAACUCGCACUUUCAUUGUGAAGGUUUCAAAACACAAUUUGGAUGGCAAGACCCGAUCUUUGACUGUUACAAAGGUGCUCCCUCUUGAAGCUGCAGCAGCUGAUGGCAACUUAGAAGAAAAUGUGAUUGUUUCUGCUGUCGAGGAGACCUUACAGAUGGGCAAGCGUGUGGAUGGUUCUUCCAGAGAGCAUGAGGGAUCCACAGAUGCAGCGGUGAAAAGGAGUUUUGAUGGGGAUGAGUCAGAAGAAGCUAAGCGUGCCAAAUGUGGCUAG